CGCCUCCAUUUUCUGACCCGGAAACGGAAGUAUACGUGUUUGUCGUUUAGCGUGUAUUUUUUUGCUUGCUUGCUUUUAUAGCAUACCUGCUGUUGGACAUUAUUAUUUUAUAAAAUGGCCGUGGAAUCGAGAGUCACCCAAGAAGAAAUCAAGAAAGAACCAGAAAAGCCAGUCGACAGAGAAAAGACGUGUCCACUGCUCCUGCGGGUCUUCACCACCAACAACGGCCGACACCACAGGAUGGACGAAUUUGCACGCGGGAACGUCCCCUCCAGCGAACUACAGAUCUACACCUGGAUGGAUGCCACUCUGAAGGAGCUGACCAGCCUGGUGAAGGAGGUCUAUCCAGAGGCUCGAAAGAAGGGGACUCACUUCGCGUUCGCCAUCGUUUUCCCCGACACAAAAAGACAAGGCUACAGGGUGAAGGACAUCGGGAGCACGGUCUCUGGGAGGAAGGGGGCGGACGACUCCAUGACUCUGCAGUCUCAGCGCUUCCAGAUCGGAGACUACCUGGACAUCGCCAUCACCCCGCCCAACAGAGCCCCGCCCCUCAUGGGGCGAAUGCGGCCCUACUGACAGUCUCCCUAACGCACACACACACACACACACACACACACACACACACACACACACACACACACACACACACACACACACACACACACACUCACGCACACACACACUCAGCAUAUGCACACAUAGUUAAUUUUUUUCACCAUUUGGAUUUUAUGUUGAUUUGUGUAAAGACGUUUUCUCUCUGCUGUAAAAGUGUCUCUUUUCUCUCCGGACUCCUGGAUGUGAAUUAAACCUUUUGUUUUUAAA